AAGACCGGGAGCGGCGCCCGCCGCGCACACUCCGGCUCCGCGGGGGGUGGAGACCAUGGAUGGGGCGGCGGCGCCCUGCCACGGCUCCGCGGGAUAGCGCGGGACAGCGCCGCGGGCCACGGCUCCGCGCCGGCAGGGGCUGCAGCGGCACGUGGUGGAAGAAAUGGGAGAAAGGCUCGCGUUUUCCAUUCCUGAGCUGAAGAGAUGUUACCGUUGACUUGAGCUGCUGGAAGACCACAUAGGCUUGUCCAAGACUACUAAAAUCGUAGACUGGUUGGUGCUUUCUCAUGGGAUCCCUGURACUGACAAAGGAGAGAUUGUUGUGAAAUGUUAGAGACCUUGGUGGAGUUAUGCCCACACUUAAUUGAAUAUCAAAGACUUGGACUUCAGRGAAAUAUUUGUGAAGUCUGCAUACUGCUCUGCAAUGACUACAGCGAGAUACAGGCCUACCUGGGACUUGGUACUUGACCCWUUAGUGUCCUGUAAGCUCUGCCUUGGUGAAUACCCUGUGGAGCAGAUGACAACAAUAGCACAAUGCCAAUGCAUCUUCUGUACCCUGUGCCUAAAACAGUAUGUGGAACUUCUGAUCAAAGAAGGUCUAGAAACAGCAAUCAGCUGCCCUGAUGCUGCCUGCCCAAAGCGWGGUCAUCUGCAAGAAAAUGAGAUUGAGUGCAUGGUUGCAUCAGAAAUCAUGCAAAGGUAUAAGAAGCUACAGUUUGAAAGAGAAGUGCUUUUGGAUCCAUGCCGGACUUGGUGUCCAUCCUCUACUUGCCAGGCAGUCUGCCAGCUCCAGGAAUCAAGCCCACAGGACCCKCAACUGGUCCAGUGCAAAGCGUGUGACAUUGAGUUCUGCUCUGCUUGCAAAUCUAAUUGGCAUCCAGGUCAAGGCUGUCCAGAGAACAUGCCAAUCUCUUUUCUGCCAGGAGAAACAAGUUCAGUUUUUAAAAUGGAAGACGAUGAUGCUCCAAUCAAACGCUGUCCAAAGUGUAAAGUUUACAUUGAACGAGAUGAAGGCUGUGCCCAAAUGAUGUGUAAGAAUUGCAAACAUGCCUUUUGCUGGUACUGUCUGGAAUCUCUUGAUGAUGAUUUUCUCCUUAUACAUUAUGACAAAGGACCUUGUCGAAACAAGCUGGGGCACUCCAGGGCAUCUGUUAUCUGGCACAGGACACAGGUGGUAGGCAUUUUUGCAGGAUUUGGUCUCCUGCUUUUGGUGGCUUCCCCUUUCCUUCUACUUGCUACACCAUUUGUUCUGUGCUGCAAGUGCAAAUGUAAUAAAGGAGAUGAUGACCCUCUACCGACCUAGACUGAGAGAAGAUUGGACUCAUCACAUCGUGUGUUUUGAUUUUAYUGUUGCUGUUAUGUUUCCCUCUUGCACUUAUAUUGCUGUAGCCUUACUUGCCCCAUCCUGCUUUUCAUUAACACAGUCUUGAUUCCAGGAACUGUUGUUACUACUGUUGUACAGAUCACUUGAUAAAAGACGAGGAGGGUAAUAGAAGGCAAGUUUGGUGCUAAAGGGAGAGCACAGACCUGGGUAGCUAUCGGAAAUUAAGAAGUGAUACUGCUAAAAAUAAUGCAAAAAGUUGGUGCUGCCGUGCUGGGAACUGUACUGAAUGACGCCAGCAAAUCAAGCUGAAAAAGCAUACAAACUUCUGCAUAUCUGUUUGCUUCCAAAUUUGGUGUCUUAUUCCUACAUAUAUUUAAGUUGCCUAUCAUUUAAAUCAGAUAGUCAACUCUGUGUGACUAUUACACAUCCAUUUUUGUUAAAGCCAUCACAAUGUCCCUUUUAGUACCUAUUUUUUUCAAAUAUAACAAAAUUAGUAAGGUGCAUAUAGGCCAUCCUAUGCCUUUUUUGCAAUCUGGAGAGGAUCAGAGGGACAAAAUUGGUCCUACUGCCUUCCACAAAUUUUAUAAAAUCUUCAAAAAGUUUGUUUGAUUAAAAGCUAAAUUUUAAAGUUAAUUGAUGAAGCUGUAAAGUUGAGUGGUGACRCAAACCUGCUAUCUAAUCAAGUUUCUUUUAAAAAUGCAUUGAUGGUAUUGAUUACCCCAGGACCACUAGUGUUUUUUUGAACUGUUAUAUUUUGCUCUUGUUUAGGGUUCUGCUACACUUAUAGGGCUAUWUAACUUCUAAUCCAGGUAUCUUAAUAUUUUUAUAGAUACAUAUAUAUAAAUAUAUAUAAAAUCCUAUUUAAACCAAAUGUGUAAAUAGCUGUGCAAUUGAAAUAUUUUGAAAAUUCAGGAUAGCUUGCUUUUGUCUUUAGGGCAAUUAUUAAAAAAUACAGGACUAACUUUAUUAUUUARCAGACUCAUGGGUUAUCAAUGAGUCUUUCCUUUUAAAUAUAAAAAUACAUCAUGGUUAUCCCUGUAGUUAAUAUGAAAAUGCCUGGGAUAUUUGUGGAAGUUGUACUUUGCAUUUAAACUACUUAGCCCAUUUUCAGAGUUAAUAUUGUGUGACAUGUGGUGUAUUGUGUUAAUAGCAAUACUGUGACAAAAGUUUUUAUUUGAAAACUAAUCACUUGAUAGUUUUGCAGAAUUCAGUGCUGUGUUUUCAGGGUAGUAAAGUGUGCUAUUCAACAUACUACAUCAUUGAGGUUUCUCGUAAGAAAUAUUUUGUUGAAAACCAUUCUGCUUUGAUUUUAAAGCCAAUUAGAAUUUCUUGCCAUGAAAUACGAAGCACCUGAAACAAUGUGUAUGUCUGUAGUACUGAAGGAAAACAUUCUUUUGAAUGGCUUGUGGACUGAAGUUUUACUGCAUUUUUUCUUCAUUAUUUAUUUCUGUGCAUCAGCAGUGUACAGAGAUGGAUGAAUAUCUUGAAGCCAGGAUAACUUUACGCUGAAAAUGUCUUAAGAUCCUUAAAUACAUCUUCUUCUGGCUGCUGUCACAGGCUGGGAAUAUGUUUUCAUAGCUCAACCAUAAAAAAGUUACUCUUUAUUAUCUUUUGUUUAACACUGUCUGCUAAAUAAAAAUAUUGUAGGGUGCAGUUUUGAAAAGGGCCAAUUUCUUUUUAUAAGACUAUUCUCCUCCCUMAUCUUCCAAGUUUAAUGCUAUCCAAAUUCAGACUGUAUCUAAUCACAGAUUUUAGCUCUAGGAGGUGGAGAUUAUCUGCAAUUCACUUAUUUGGCUUGAUAUUAAUGAGUUCGGCUUCUGUAAUGUGAAUAAAAAGGAUAGCUGAUUUCCAGCAAAUCUGAACUCCUUGUGAUAUCUUCAGAUUGUUUAUGGCAAUGCACAGUUCAGAUCUUUUGUUAUCUGAGUACUUUUAGCAUUUUAGCUAUCUUUGUUACUGAAAAUUGCUUAGUUGUUCAAAAAAUAUCAGUAGGGAAGUCUGGGUAGUGCAUUUGAUCCCUGUUUGCCAGCUCCCAGGGGUGUGUGAAGUGCUGCUGAGUUCAGCGGGCAGGGAAGUGCUUUUCUCCCUCUGGCUCUGGCAUCAGCUCAGUCCCUCUCCCAGAGGCAUCCCAAGCAAAGCACCUGAGUUGUCCUGAGUCAUAGCUUCAUUGUCCAGAAUUAAUGGAAACCCUUCUGCAAAGGACAGCUUCCUGCAGGUAAGCUUGAACUAUGGCCUUUCCUCCUUGGCCCUGUAAUUCUGUUCAACUAGAGAAAUAAACCCUGGACAAUACGAUGUAAAGACUUCAUGGGUUUUAAUUUUCUGACUGGGGGUGCACUGAUGGGUUUUGCARUAUUGUGGCUGUGGCAGUUUUCCUACUGGGGUCAUCAUAAACUGGAGAGGUUCAGUGGCCUGUGAACAGUAUUGAGUGUCCUGAUAUGAGGAGGUUUAUUUUCUCUGUGCCUUUCUUAGAGAUUUUAUGUGGAAAUAUUGCAAAACUUGACUUUCCCAAAGUGCUGUGCGAUCAGUUAGUAAUCAAUGUCAAAAUUAAUGCAUUUCCAGAUUUAAAAGAAAAAGGAAAGAGGAAUAAGUUCUUUGCAAAUACAGGAAUUUUUGAAUGAUGAUUCAUAAUUGAUACUCAUAGGUAAUAUUUUAUAUAAUCAGAAAACUGUCAGUAUAUYUCUGCUCUCAACAUACUUGAAUUGCUACUGAUGAUUUUUAUGACACAGCUUGUUUCACAUCCCAGCUGUUGGAAUUGACUAUAAACCUACAUAUAUUUACCAAAUACCUACCUAGUGUUUUCAGGUUUGCUAAAUGUCAUUCCAUCUGUGUUCUCGGGGAUUUUUGUUUGUUUUUGUUAUUGUUAAUAUAGUUAUUAUUAAUGUUAUUUUUAAUGCUGAUUUAGUUCCAAAGUAGCAACUUUUGGUUGUGAUGCAUUAAGUUCAGGGUGCUUUUAUGUUACAGCUUAUGUUGAUACUGUGACAUUUAAUACCCCAAAACUGAAUUGUAAAUACAUAAUUUUGAACUCUUGACAUUUAAACCCCCUGCCAUGGGAAAGAGAAUGUUUGUUUGUUUCUUCUGCUUUUUGAAUGAAAAUCUGUUACAAMAGCUAUGGCUUUUUAGACUUGCACCAGAAAAAUAAGUAUCACAGCAUGAUUUCUGUUGCAUUUUUAUGGUUAUGCUAUUAUUUAGCAGGUUUAUAUUCGCACAGAAUCAUAGAAUAUUCUGAGUUGAAAGGGACCCAUAAUGAUCGAGUCCAGCUCUUGAGUGAAUGGCCUGCUAGUGAAUGCUGUGCUCAGUGGAGUUUGUAACAGUACAUCAUAUUCUGCUGGGGUGUCACAUUGUGUCAUGUCUAGCCAGUGUGAAGUCCCAACUCCAAAGGCUUUGCAUCUCCCUARGUUUGCCAUUAGUUGGGCUGAAGUCAGUCCUGAGAGAUCACAAGUACAGCCCACAUAAUCUUCAAUGGUGGUAGCGUUGGGUUUUCCCCUGUGGCAUUGGACAAGUCACUUAUCUCACUUUAUCUCAAUUUAGCCAUCUUUCAACUGAAUUGAGCUCAGGAGGGCUGUGAGGGCAAAUUUGUUGGUUUUGAGGCUCUUCAAGAGUUUGUGRUGAGCAAUUACAUAUAAAAGAUUACUGUAGUUUUAUGUUAAUAUUUCAGUUUCAUUCAUGUUGGCUUUAAUCCUGAAGCCUCCUAUGACUGACUUUGGCAUGUCAUGAAUUUAGGAUACUUUCCCCUGUGUACUAAGAAGCAUGAUCUUUCSUCAGAUACUGUCGUGCAUAAAUUAGGAAAAAUCCCAAAUGACAGCUGACUGGAUCAACUUYCAGCUUACAGCUGAGCUCCUGACAUGCAAAAAACAAUCAAAAUUUGUGAAAAGCUCUCAUUUAUGGAGCUGACAGGAUAAAAUAUCCAUAGGUCAAAAAAAAUACGAAGUGCUUUUUUUAAAAAAUUGUUAUGGGCAGGUAGAUUAAAAUGAAGUUCUGUGCAUUUYAUCUUUUACUGUAGGCCUUUUACUGUAUAGGAAUAAAUAUUUUUAAUGCAGRCCAUUAUCAUUCCAGUGAGGUGCAGCAUGCAUUAAGCUUUGUGCAGGUUUGCUUUUUUAAAACCAAAGUUUGUACAUUUCACGUACAUAAUCUAAAAGCCUGAGGAAAACAAGUAAAUUACSGUUGUUGAUGACAGUGAUAUUAAGGACAUCAAAAAAGCCUGCAUCAGCCCUUAAUUGCUAAUGCACUUGUACUAAAUAAGGCAUGCUGUUUGUGUUUAAAGUCCUGUGGUCUUCAUUAUUGCUUUGAUUUGUGUAUAUCUUACAAGAAUUCCAGGAACAUUAGGUACAGGUACAUGGUACAUAACUGAACCUUUCUUGAUCAUUUUAUUAUGAUGUAUUUUAAACUUGUAUAGGGAUAAGCAUGAAGGAGUCAUGCAUAUGUAUAAAUAAUGUAUUUGACCAGUGUAAAAAUAGUUCUGUUGAUGUAUUUGAAAUGUAAGUGCAUUUUGUGCCACUAACACUGUGAUGUAUAAAGGAGCUGUUGAAUGCCUUUUAAUGUGGUGUUUUGUACUUUGAAUCAUAUUGAAGAGUUUAAUUUGUAAUUUCAAUAGAUAYUUUAAAUGAAUUUGUUUC